UAUUUAGAUCCGACGGUGGAGAAGCGAGGCAGAGGUUUUACAUAAGACUGGAAGAAGAGUGAGAGAGAAGGCAGGAAGAGGGCAUGAAAAGAAAGGGACAGUGAAACGCUGGAGGCUCCGAGAAAAGCUCUCGCUGGAAGUGACUUGGUUUCGCAAGUCCCGAGGUCGCUGUCUAUGAAAAUAGUGUGUGUUGUGAAAAUUGAAGGAAAGAGAAAGAAAGAGAAAACUAAAGGGAAAACUCACCAGUACGCAGUAGGCACAGUGCGCACCAACCUCCACUGUCCAAGGAGAUCACGCAGAGCUUCUCUCUCUCUCUCUACCUCUUGCUAUCCAUUUCUAGCUUAAAUGCUCUCACUUUCUCUCAUCUUCUUUUCCGAAGCUACUACUUACUAAAAAACGCUCUCUUUCCCCUUCGCGGCUAAGAUUUAACUUAAUAUUUGAAUCCGGCGAAUGCAAACAUUUAUUCCAACUCCAAUUCAAAUCCAAACCCGAACUUGAAUCGGAUCGGAGUGUGAAAAUGGAUCCGCCUACGCUCGUCAACGAGUGCUCCUUCUCGAAUGCCAAUGCGACGUCGUUUAAUCUCUCGGAGAUCUGGCAGUUCCCGAUGAACGGCGGCGGCGCGAGCGGUGGGGAUUCUGGAGGAGGAGGUGCGCUGGGGCUGCGGAGGCCGAACUUCGGUCAGAAUUUCGCGCAGUUUGGGGACGUUUCGGGUGCGAUUCGGGACGUCUUGGCCGGUAGUGAUCCGAAUCCGAUGAGCUUGGACGUCAGAGGCAGCCACGGUGGCGGUGCCGCGAGGAAAAGGCUCGAUGCAGAGGACGAGUCCCCCAAAAGCAGUGGCCAUAUUGGCGGGAGUGAUUGCGAUGGGAAAAGGCUUAAAACAGCAGCAAGAAGUAGAGAUGAGACCUGUGAGUCGAAAGCCGAAGCAGAAACCAGUUCAGGGAAGCCGGUGGAACAAAGUACUCAGCCCCCCGAUCCACCUAAGCAGGACUAUAUCCAUGUGCGAGCUAGGAGGGGUCAAGCUACUGAUAGCCACAGCCUUGCAGAAAGAGCCAGAAGAGAAAAGAUAAGUGAGAGGAUGAAAAUUCUCCAAGAUCUGGUCCCUGGUUGUAAUAAGGUUAUUGGGAAAGCCUUGGUCCUUGAUGAGAUAAUUAAUUACAUCCAAUCACUACAGCGUCAGGUGGAGUUCCUGUCAAUGAAGCUUGAAGCAGUCAAUACAAGAAUGAACCCCGGAAUUGAGGUGUUUCCUUCUAAAGAUUUCGGUCAACAAACAUUCGAUACCUCUGCAAUGGCAUUUGGUACGCAACCUCCAAGGCAGUAUAGUCGGGGGUCUUCACCAGAGUGGUUGCACAUGCAGGUUGGUGGUGGUUUUGAAAGAACAUAGCCUAGAACGUCCUCUUCGACCAGGAAUAAAAGCAUCAAGACAAAUGCUUCAUCCUCCUUCAUUAUCUGUUAAAAAAAGUAUACCGCAUUAUGUUAAAUCAAGGAAGAUCUCCUCCUCAUAUCCUACAUCAGAGCAUGGAGUUGUGGUUUUGGCUGUCUACAGAAAGGCUGCUCAAACUUAGUUAAAUUUACUAAACAUCAUCUCUCCAUUUGUAUGUGUUGUGGAAAAUUGAACUUUUGAACUUGAUAUAUCCUCUAUAGCAGGCUACACAUUCUUCUCCUUAUAAAUACCCAAACAUAACCUCCGGAAAAUGAGUAGCCUUCUUGCAAAAAGAAUGCUGCUUGUUCUAUAUUUCAGAUGCUCACCUCUUGUGUAAACUCUGUUUUAACAUUGAUUUAUUAUUAAAGCUGAAACUACCUUAAAUAA